GAAAAGACGAAGGCGUGUUUGUGCCGCGGUCCGUGUGGAGAGAGUAAACCGGACCGGGUGUAAAGGGGUAUUAUAAGCGGAAUUUAACGCCAACGGGUGGAUUAGGUCUGAUCAUAUUUCUUUUGUGUUGUGGAAAGCAGAUGAGAUGGGUAACUUUUCUCUUGGAGUGUGUGUAAAGCUUUGUUUAUAGCUGCAUCGUUGCCAGUGGCGACAGCGCACGGUGACAGUGCAGUACAGCUGUGUGCGGUGCGCAAAGCGAGGACCGGAUGGAUGAAGUGUUUGCUCAUUAGGCUUAAAUAACUAGGAUGUGAUCUAGUGUUGGUCUGAAACCUUGACUCGCAGCAGAGAGAUGGCUUUGGAACCGAAGCAAGCGAGGCUGCUGUGCAUGCUGUGUCUAACUUUCGGCUUCUUCGUGGUGGAGGUGGUGGUGAGUCGAGUGACCGGCUCUCUGGCGAUGCUGUCCGAUUCCUUCCACAUGCUGUCGGAUGUGCUCGCGCUGCUCGUGGCGCUGCUCGCGGUGAGACUCGCGGAUCAGACUGCGGCCACGAGCCUCAACACGUUCGGCUGGAUCCGCGCAGAGGUCAUGGGCGCGCUGGUCAAUGCCGUGUUUCUCACCGCGCUCUGUUUCACCAUCUUACUGGAGGCAGUGGAGCGCUACACGGAGCCGCAUGAGAUUGAGAACCCGUGGGUUGUGGUGUGGGUCGGAGUGGCCGGGCUCGCUGUAAAUGUGCUGGGGCUUCUGAUGUUUCAUGGCUACUCUGGACACGGACACGGCCACUCUCACAGCAGCAGGAGGAGUGAGAAACCACAGACAUCAUCAGGGGAGGCUUACGAUCUGCUGGUGAAGAGCCAGUGUCCUGGCCGAGGUGACCGUGCUGUUCAGGUUGAAGCAGACGUUGUCUCAAAACAUAGCCUGGAAAUCCCAUUGAAUGGGAACAUCUCACCGGAGAAGCUGGAGCAUGAUUUAGAUUCAUCUUCCCAGCUCAACAUGCGUGGAGUCUUCCUGCAUGUACUGGGCGAUGCCCUUGGCUCUGUCAUUGUAGUAGUUAAUGCUCUCAUUUUCACAUUUGUGUGGAGGACAUGUGACAGUCAGGAAAUAUGUAUUAACCCAUGCCUCAGUAGCUACUGCUCUGACCACUGGCUUGUGAAUACACACUUGGUCCACAGCAAUGGCACCAGUACCGUCUCUGUAGCUGGACCAUGCUGGGUGCUCUACCUGGAUCCCACACUCUGCGUAAUCAUGGUGGCCAUCUUGCUCUAUACUACCUUUCCUCUGCUGAAGGAGUCAACCCUCAUCCUGCUGCAGUCCGUGCCUAAGCAGAUUGACAUGCAGAGGCUGGACAAAAAGCUAAGGAGUCUUGAGGGGGUUCUGGCAGUCCAUGAGCUGCACAUCUGGCAGCUGGCCGGGAGCCGAAUUAUUGCCACGGCACACAUUAAGUGCCAUGACCCAGCCUCCUAUAUGGACACAGCCAAACGCAUCAAAAGCUUCUUCCAUGAAGAAGGCAUCCAUGCUACCACAGUCCAGCCUGAGUUCUCGGAUGACAAAGAGCCCGGUGUCUCAGAGUGUGAACUGCCCUGUUACAGUCAGUGUACCCUGAAGCUCUGCUGUGACACGAGCUGGAGAUCUAGAUCUGAAUCAGCGCUCAUGUGCACAGACGACUCGUCCAGUCAAAAUACUCCUCAACACUCCAGUGCUAGCUGGAAUAUUCAGCAAAAGCCAGAAGUUUUUCUGCAGAUGGAGGUGGAAUCCACAGUCUAGGUUUGAUGAAGUUAUGAGUAUGCAAUUUUUUCAGCAAUCUUCGAAACAGAAUCAUGUCUGUUUAAGACAGAGUUAUGUUUCUGAGAAUCUCAAAUCCUUCUGUUUUAUUACCCCCAACUGUAUGUAAACCUAUUUAACUAAUCAACUACAUGCAAUACCUCUUAUCUCUUAUACCUGUGGUUUCUAUAAUUGUAAUUUUGAGAAUGUGGAGCAUAUGGAGCACUUUAUGGUAUUAAUGUUUACUUCUUGCUCAUAGUAAAAUACUAUCUAUGUGCCUUAUAUAAAUUAAAAAAACACAAUAAUUACCCUGUAUAUUAUCAUUGUAUUAUCAUUUUAUCUUUAUCAUUUCAUUUAUUUUAGUGUAACAAAUGUUUUAAAGGAGGGCAUAAUUGUAAUGUCUGUUCUUAGAACAAAGUAACAAAUCCUCUCAAUAGGAAUGUGUUAACUUAGUGCCAAGAUGCCAGCCCUUAUAAUCUGAUUAACAGUUAACUACAUCUGUGCCAAACUAAAUAUUUAUAUCACCUGCUACUAGUGCUUACAUGAAAGGUUUUGUUAUUAAGGUCAUGAAUGUUGCAUGUUUUAGGGAGUGUCAGACUCUGUAGGACAUCUUAUCCUCUGCACAGCUGUCAAAAUACACCAUGUCUCAGAUAUAACUCCAUAUAUAUCCAAUGUGAUUACUUGUUGAAAUUGUUUAAAGGGCUCAAAAAUGUCCAAUCCACUUUAGGCUUUGAAUGGGUGGUUAAGAAACCAUAGUUUAGGGAUAGAGUGGGAACACAACUUCAUGAGGGCACCAUGAUGCAAUAAAUAAUGCAGUGUAUGGGGCACUGUGUCAAAAAAACAAUAGAGAAUAGCCCUUAUUCAGUCCUUGCACAGUCCUCCAAUCAAUCCCCUAGGAUAAGAGACCGACUGUGAUGUCUGCUAUUGUGUACCUUUUUAAGAAAGAAAAGGAUUGGCACUUACAGUAAUCAGGGUUUUAUUGUCUUGUUCUGUAAGAUGGAAUGGUAGUAGAUAGAUAUCCAUUGAUAUAAGUACUAUGUGUGUGGGAAACAUAUAUGUUUGUUAUGUUUGACUCCUUUGUUAGAGAUGAUCAUGUCAGAAUAGUCCUGAUUUCAGGCAAGAGAGAUUCAUUCUCCAUAUUACAACGGAAUUACUGUAAUCAAUGGAUAAACAAAACAGUUUUGUAAUUUGCCACAAUCAUGUUCUAUGCACAUUAAGCACACACAUUCUUUCAAAAGAGUUUAGUGCUUGUGUUUCUCAUUUUAAUUUGUUCAUUGAUUUAGAUCUGCUUUUAGAUAAGUAUUCAAUCAAUACUGUGUGUCAUGUUUUACACUGAUGUAAUCAAGUAUUUGCCACCUUUUUAAUUAUCAGUCAGAGUUUUUAAGUUUAAGAUUUAAAUGUCUUUACCGACCAGAAUAAUGGAUAAGAAUGCAGACCAUUGACUAUUCAGGGUGUGGGGAAAUAUACCUGCCUAAGUAAGCAGUGGUAGCAAAAGGGCCCUUGCGAGUAGUUGGAGGUAG